UUUGUCUUUUGUACCCCAUACGUUUGCCAACCGCGGCCUCCGCCGCAAUCAUCACCGGCCACCACAAGGUUCAGAUUCACCCGAAUUUUGAAGGUCACGCAUUGCCCAAAUUAAUUCAAUCCGCGCAGAAAUCGAAGAGGAUUUUGAGGCGGAAGAAGCAACCAUUGCCGGCGAUUCUGUAUUCUAAUUUCCUCUCGCAAUUUCCCCAUCAUCAAAAUCAAGGCAUUCGUAACAAAUUGUUUGCGAUCGGUGGGGCGGCGGUGUUUGGGAAAUCCAAAUUAUUUCUGCGUUAGGAUUCGCGAGCAGAUUGUUGAGGUUUUCGAUCUGAUCUCGUUGAAGAAAUCCGUGAGAGAGAGGCUGAACGAGCUCAUUUUGAGUUCCCCGAUUCUCUAUCUUCGUUCGCGACAGUUUUGCGGAAAGGAAACACCGAAUCAAAGGUGAAAAAUAGCGAAGAUUAUCGAGCAAAUCGCGUUAAAUCCUGAAUCGGAGAAGAAAAUCGCCUAUCAACCAGAUCUACUUCAGAAUCUAUGCAACCGUUCACCGCAGAGAGCGAUUCAUCGAUUUCGAGCAAACGUUGGUGGCGAUAGUGAGGGAAUUGGCAGGUGUUGAAGUAGGCGGUCGGAAUUUAUAAGCCGGCGACGGAGGAAUGGUCAAGCGAUGGUCGGCGGUGUGAAAUCUGGAGGUACCGACCGAAUUUGAGCCUCCUUCAAAUUGGGGAUUUUUAUUUGGGGAUAUUUUUCUCAAAAUUGGGGACCCUCAACUUGUAAGAGAGAGGUGGAGGUGGAAGCAGUCGCCAUCUCCGGCGAAUUGAGGAAGGCGACGGGAGUGAAGGACCUGAUUUGGGGAAGAAGGAGGUGAAAUGGGUGAGUGUGGUGAAUUGAUCGGGAAGGAAUAUGGCAUGGAUCCAACUAGUGAGAAAACAGAAGCAGAUAACUGUGCUAACUUCGCGAACAGAUUAACAAAUAUCAAGGAGAACCAUAAGUUUCAAAAGGAUGGGAUAGAGGGUGAAAGAAUUGAGGAUCCAGCAAAAGGAAUCCAGCACAUUGUUUCAGAAAUCAAAGAUGAACACUCUGUCAAAUUCGAAGAUUUGAAGAUUUGAAUGUUGAAGAUUCGAAGAUUUGAAGAUUUGAAUGUUG